AUGGCUCUUGAUUCUAUUCUAGACUAUCCUAAUGUAGUGCCUUCGGAUUGGAUCUGGAAGAGUCCAGGGUAUCCAAAAAUGCAGUUAUUUCUCUGGCAAAUGUGGUGGGGUAGAAUGCCGUCAAAUGUCAACAUCCACAAGAGAAUUCCUACGACGAAUAAAUUCUGUAUCUUUUGCCCCCACAUGGAGGAGGACAUGAAUCACAUCCUUCGGUCUUGUCCUCGUGCAACUGAAAUAUGGGUUGGCCUUAAAAUUAACUUAUUACGUUCCAACCAGUUAAAUGAUUGGCUAAAUCUAAAUCUUAAUAAUUGUGAAAUCUCUCCCUUUGCUAAAGUUCCUAUAAAUGUUAUAUUUGGCUUUGCAUUAUGGUUCUUGUGGAUUAGAAGAAAUUCUUGGGUAUUCAAGAAGGAAAACAUAAAGUCGGAUGUCUUAAUUAAAAAACUCUGUUGGGCCGCUACCGAAUGGUUCUACACUAAGAGCCAUACUAAGGUGGGUAAAGCUCCUAACCCCCCCGCUUCUUCUACCAUACUUCAAUGGACCCCCCCUAAAACCUCUUACCUAAAGAUAAACACCGACGCAUCUUUUCUUUCUUCAUCCAAAGAAGCUUGUCUGGCAGCAGUCUGUAGAAAUGAAUUGGGAAUUUGGGUAGAAGGAAUACAAUCAAAAUCGUUAGCCUGUGAUAGUGCAGAAGCGGAAAUUAAAGCCAUAUUUAUGGCUCUAAAUUGGGUGAGAGACAAGGGUUGGAGAAAGGUGAUCAUAGCAACUGAUAGCAUGAUUGCUUGGAAGGCUACAAACACAAUGACUAACCUUUCUACUAAUACUUCGAGUUUAUCAAAUGAAUGCAGGGUGUUGAGCCUAGAAUUGCACGACGUCACCAUCAUCCAUGAGGGAAGAGUCACAAAUGCACUUGCUGAUGCACUAGCUAAGGAAGCAAAAGGGAGAAGAGAUGGUUUCAACACCAUUUGUAUUUUGUCUAACCCUCCCCCUGAAUGCUUAAGAAUCUAUGAUUGUGAACUAAACAAUGUUUUAUUAACCUCGUCCGUGGAGGUGCAGGAGCCUUUAACUCCUUAG